GUUCAAUCGUCUGUUUUAAUAUAUCAGUGAGAAUGAGUAAGAUAUGUUUACUCCCGGUUAAAAUUUCUUAUUUUGUUACAUAAAUAAUCACUUAUGGGAAUUAAUUGUCUAUCGAUUGAUGAAAGAUAGAUAAGAAUUGUUUGAUUGUGCGAAAAAUACAUUAAGUUGGAGUUUUUGAUUAAUUUCAGUUCUAUGAAAUGUGCUGUGUGUAUACGGUGUACAGGAAGAUAAUCGAUUUGUCAACGCGAAGUUUAGAUUACAAUUUUCGGUGCACUAAUUGACCCAGCAGAGUACGGAUUAUAAGCAUCUAAGCUUUAUAUGAAUAUUACUUCACCAUACAAAACACAAUGGAGAUUAAUGAUAAUAUUGUCGAUCUGAGCGUAAGUUCAAUAAGAUCUUCUCCUUCUAUACCUACAAACAUUCCACCAAGUCUCAACAUCACGCCAGUUGUGAACAGCCAACCUUUAUCCAGCAUUAAUCAUCCUCCAAAUAGUAGAAGGAUACUCCGUCCGAGAACUGAACCACGCAGCUAUGUUGAAAGUCCCGAUAUCUUGAUAAACGGAACUUUUGACAGGCCUCGCACAAAUGGUAACUCAACUGGAUAUACCAGCGAUUCUAGUGACGGAGAAAUGCCCCCAAUGACCCCCAUAAAAGAAUUAAGCCCUUAUGAGAUAAAGCAGAGGGAUCGUUGUCUGAAGCGUAUAAGGGAGGAAUUGAGGUCUGAAGAAAUGAAGCUGGUUCUUCUGAAAAAGCUGAAGCAAUCCCAACAGCUGAAGGAAAAUGUUGCAGUUUUACCUCCUAGCAUACCCUCUUCGGCUCUACCACCUAAAGGUCUUCCAAGUGGAUUGAGCAUUACACCAACGACUGUUAAAGUUCCUGCUCAAAAGAGUUCUCCACAACCCUCUGUCUUGAUGAGACACCCUGUAUCGCACAAGCCUGGUUCAGGAAAUGCUCCUCCAUUACUUCGAGGCCAACCUCCUGCAUCACGUAUUACGGCUCACCCAAUACCAAUGAACGCUUCUCCGAUAAAUAACAGAGGGGCGAAUCUGUCUGUACCACAACCACCAAGAAACUACAAUAGGGUGCCAGGAUAUCCUCCUGGAGUUAAGGACUUGUCUCCUUCUGUGACUAUAACUCCGGCACCUCCUCAGCCUCCAAAGGAACGACCUAGGGAAGAUAAUCAAACUCCAGCACAGAGGCAGGCUGCGGCUAAGUUGGCGUUGAGAAAACAACUGGAGAAAACAUUGUUACAGAUCCCACCACCGAAACCACCACCUCCAGAGAUGCAUUUCAUACCGAAUCCAAGUAAUACGGAAUUCAUAUAUUUGGUCGGUCUCGAACAUGUAGUCGAUUUUCUAACGAAGGAAACUAAAAUGCCUCUGCCCCCCUCUCCGUAUAAUUGUAGUCAGUGUAAUUCAGAUUUUACGCCAGUUUGGAAAUGGGAAAAAGUUAAAGGAAAAGGCAAAAUCGUUAUAUGCGAGCAAUGUGUUACGAAUAAUGUUAAGAAAGGUUUGAAAGCAGAACACACUAACCGUUUAAAAACUGCCUUCGUCAAGGCAUUGCAGCAGGAGCAAGAAAUCGAACAGAAAUUAGCACAGAAUGGAUCGUUUACAUCUAGUAGUCCCGCCGCCUCGCCUGUCACACCUGAAGUAGUAUCUACCCCGAAACCGGCCACGCCUACCCCCACGCCCAUUCCCAUGCCACGUCACGCAGCUACUCCGCCCACUCCUAGUGCGCAGCCAACACCUCCGCCGCCACCACCGCAGCAGAGGAGUUCUCACAUACCGCAUCAGGACAAAUUUUCACAGAACGCGGCUGCGGUUCAGGCGCUGCAACAGCAGAUUCUCAGAUCUCUAUCAGCAGGAGGCCCUCCUGGUGCACAUAUGUUUUCUCCUCUGUUUUACCCUUAUCAAUUGGCAGCGAUGGCGCAAGUUGCGGCUAGUAGUAAUAAGAACAAUUCCAACAACUUAGCGGAAAUGCAAAGAGCAGCUGAUAUCCAGAGACAGUAUCUCCUCGACAUGAUACCUGGACCUGGUCAAAGACAUAACUGGAAAACAUGAUGUUAUAGUGAUAUGACAUAGUUAUCCUGUUUGUAUUUGUAUUUAUUAUAAAUUAUCGCUUCAGCAUUGACACGACUUAUGAUGACAAGUUACAAGAAGGAAUUCUAGUAUUGUUGCUGUUUGAACUGUUAAUGAGGCUUGUCGAUAUCUUUCGAAGGAAGAUAAAGAAGUAUGUACUUUUAUAAGCUUUUGAUAAAGAAAUACUUUUCUGCAUCAAUUGUGUUUUGGAGUUAAUUUUUAUUUUCACAAAUUUUAUCACACACAGGCACUAUACCAAAAGGCCCAAAAAAUUGUAAAGUACCAAAAAUUAGUUCUCGCAUUUCAAACAAAAAAAAGCUAUCAGACUGAAUUUUUCGAUGGAAGUGAGAAACGUUGCCAGAUAUUCCCAAAACGGUUUACAAUAGGGCUUGUUUCACUUUGAGUUAAUAAUAACGUUCAUGUCUAAUUGAAAUAUUGAGACUUUUCAACGAAAGAAUGCCUACUACAAUAUAUAUUUUAUUGUUGGUUUUCAAAUUCAUAAUUUCACCAUAUGGUAGCAUCUCAUCGCAUGGAUAAAAUUAAACAAUUUGAAUCAUCAACAGUUCAGAAACAGGAAUGGAUGUGUCAUUCAAAAUUUGAAUUUAACGUUGUGCUAUUGAUAAAAUUUCGAUGUUUUUAAGUUUACCAAUACAUUUCUAUUCUGAUAAGAGUGACACUUUGGUCAUUUGAGUGAGAAUGCUGACCUAAAAAUUUUUCAAUGUGGAACCACAUGAGAAGUCUACUGUUAUGAUUGAUAGUGUGAAAUAGAAAUAACCACAAUUUUUUCUGAAAUAAAAUGUUCAAUUUUACAAGUGGACUAUUAAUAAUAAACGAAUGGGUUGAUAUUGUAUUCUACAUUUCUGUGUAAGUAACAUUUUUUUCUUCUUAAUUUCGAGCAAAUGUUAUCUUUUUUGACUCGAAUGAAAAAUCUCCUUCCUUUCAGGAUCAAAAUUUAAUUUUUUUUUUUUUAUUUUUAAUAGUACACUUGUAGGAACCUUCAUAGAACAGUACUAUGGAUUUAUGGCACACCUUUUGAUCAUUUUGAAGCUCAAAUCUGAAUUUAAAAUUAUUCCAAGUAGAAAUAAAUUAUGUAAAAAAAAACUAGAAUCUUUAUGCUUGUCGUUCUUUUAUUGUAAAUUUUUUCAAUAGUUUAAUUUAAUAUGGAUUCAGAUUUACAAAAAAAAAAAAGGAUAAAUACUUCAUUUCAUAUUUUGUUUUCAGUUUCCAUGUACAAAUUAAUAUAAGUUUCUGGCAUUUAGUUGAAUAUAAUAUUCACUGCUUUCCGCACAAAUAUUUGGAAGUCUUGAAAUUUUUUUUUAAGUUUUGCAUAAAUUGAAUAGAUCAAUUCUUUUGGAUACGAAAGAUGAUGUAUGCCUGAAUGAGAAUCGUUAAAAUUUGUAAGUCAUCUGGUUCUUUACUUAGGAAUUUGCCAUAAUGAAGCAUAAUUUCCCUGUGAUUAUAAAUGUAACCGUGAAAUAUUUUCAGGUUUAUGUUGUAAAGGCUUUUCAUCUUGUAGUGAAUUUCUGUAAAUAGUUGGUUUUAUAAAUAAGUAUUGUAUUAUAAAUGGACUUUGCAAACUAAAGUGAAUAAUUUGCUCACACUUUGAUGUCAAUAUUUAUACAAACUUUAUUGAAUAAAUCUGUUUUGGAUUAUCAUUUA